AUGGCUGAUGAGGAAAUUGAAAUACUACAAAGCAUUUAUGGCACUGAUCUUGUUGUUGGAAGAAAUACGGGGCAGAAUUGGUCGGAUAUAGUGUUAAGCAUGAAAAUAGUGCCGAUCUUAUCCAAAUCGAAAUGUGUUACAAGUGUUCGUACUGUAAUUGAAUUAUCAGAGCAGUAUCCAAAAGUGCCACCAAAAGUUUAUUUGCGCGAACCACGAGGAUUUGAUGAGAACAAUCUUAAUAUUCUUGAAAGAAAAGUCGAGCAGCAUAUCGAGAAGAACAGUGAAAUGCAUAUCCUUUAUGACAUUUUUCAAAUGGUAAAGGAUUUUCUACUAGACGAACAAAAUGUUCCGUGCUCUUUUUGUCCAAUAUGUCUGAAUAAAUUUAAGGAUGGAACUACCAUCAUUUGCACUCCUCAGUGUAGUCAUUAUAUUCAUUCUCAUUGUUUUGCUCGAUAUGUGGACCACUGGAGAGGUCAAGUUGCAGCCGAACUUAAUCAAUGGCCAUUAGAUAUGAGGUCCAAGGUAGAUCAGGUUCUGAAAUGCCCUGUGUGCCGAGAGCCAAUUGAUCAAAAUGAAUUAUCGGAAAUUAAAAAAGUACCGAUUAAUUUGAAUAAUGAUGACGACGAUGAAUUCAACUUUAACUGGGAAGAAUGGAAAAAGAAGCUUAAAGAAUUACAAGUCCUUCUUGAUCAUCAAAAAGCUAAAGGUGGAUUGAUUGAUCCUGAAGAAGAGCGAAAACGUUUUCUUAUCGGUGUUGAAAGUGUAAGCUCGCAUCAUGUUCAAUUUUCGUUAAAACCAUAUAGAGUAACGUUAUUAAAUAUUUAUUUGUAAUG